CCCAAAACGGCGCAAGUGAAGAUGUACAAGUGCUCCAAAUGCGGCCGCACACAUCAGCCUGGAAACUGUCCUGCGUUCGGACGAAGUUGCAGAAAAUGCCAAAAGAGGAACCAUUUUGCAAUUUGCUGCAGAUCCUCCGCGCUGGUUGGCGAAAUUCAAGAUCACGAAGAUGACUUCAGCGUUUUAGAGGUAUCGGCAAGAGGAGUAAUAAGCCAACGUGAUUGGAUGGUUCGAAUGACCGUAAACAACGUUUCGGUCGAACUUAAAGUAGAUACAGGGUCUCAGGCCAACUUGCUGCCCGUUGGUAUAUACAAUAAGAUGCACCCAAGCCCUGAAAUGAAGCAGAGUAGCGUGGUGCUACAUUCGUACGGUGGAGACACGAUCAAGCAUCUUGGAGUCGUCUGUACGGAAGUGACGCUCGGUGACCGAGCUAUUCCUCUCGAUUUUUUUGUAGUACGCAAAGGUCGCCAAGCAAUCCUGGGCCUACAAGCAACCGAACGCCUUGGAUUGCUCUCACGCGUUCACAGCGUAUCAAAGGACGGCUGUGAAGAAAUUGUGAAAGACUUUCGUCAUCUUUUCACUGGAACUGGCUGCGUGAAAAAAGUAUAUCACAUGGUGCUUCAAGACAACACUGUGCCAGUCAUUCAACCAGUGCGACGUGUACCGUUGGCCCUGACGGAACCACUACGGGACGAACUCGACAGGAUGGAGCACGCCGGAAUCAUCACGAGGGUCACCGAGCCUACCGACUGGGUAAGCAGCUCCUCCUGGCUGACAUGUUGUCACGUGCCACAACGAAGACAACGGCCUGCGACCUCGACAGCAACGAUGUAGAAGUACAUGCCGACCACCCCGCUCGAGUGCGGCGCAUCGCCCGCUGAGCUGCUGAUGGGGCGACGGCUCCGCACAACUAUUCCUGACGUUCAAGGCAACACCAGGCACGAGGUGCUCCGGCGUCCUCACACAGACCACUCUAGGAGACCAUUGGCGCACCUGAGCCCGGCAGAUACGGUCCGGAUAAAGAAAGGAACAUGGGCGACGAAAGCUAAAGUGCUCAAGUCUGCUGGUCACCCCAGGUCGUAUACAGUCGUCACAGAAAACGGCACGGUGCUCAGGCGCAACCGGCAGCACCUACUACUCACGCGGGAGCCCUUCCGACACAACAACCAGGAAUACGACGACGACGACUUCGAGGUAAAGUCUAGCCAAAGCAACGCGCUCGCACAUCGACGUGCAGAAUGCAUAGCUCCGUCUACGCCCGCACAGCCCAUUGCCUCAACAAGUGUCUCGUCCACACAAGUCCCAAGAAGGUCGCUCAGACAACGUCGAGCGCCUCACCGUCUGGCCUACGACCAGAACUUCGUGCAAGUGCCUUGAACUAGCGUGCCUCGCAACUUUCAUUGAUGUUCUUUUCCCUUUCCUUGUUUUGUUUUCAAACAGAGGAAGAUGUAUCGUAUUUCGGGCGCCGAGCGCUACACGUGUGCCACGAUAGCGUUUCGUAUCUGUUGAA